AGCACAGCAGACAUCACACUGGAGCUCAUUUAAACCCGGGAUGUAUAAUUUACUGUAAAGUUUUCUCUUCUUUUUUUGAAUUCACAGCACAAGGACUUCUUUCAUACGUUUUUCUGCGUCAUGUAUUUUUAUGUCGUCUGACUUUUUCCGUGUUUUUAUGUUUAUCUGAGGGGGAUUAACAGACCCACCAUGGCCUCUCCUACAUAAAUCAACACCUUUUUCCCCUAUAACUGCAGGCUUCUCUCUGUUUACCUAUAUCAAGGGAUGGGAGGAUCUCACUGGGUCUUGCAGAAGGCUGUAAGUAGAUUUUGUGGAAGCGGGCAUGGGCCAGUGUUGUGCUCCGUGCACAGAUGGGUGUUGUGGAGGUAAAAGCAGCCUGGGAUGAAGUGAGCAGCUCAGGUUUUUCUGUUUGCAGGCUGUGCGUCAUGGGCUGAGCUCCUGCGAUGACUCUUUUCUCCUGGAAGCUGUUUUGAAUUAUCCGAGGAUGGACGACGGAGACGGAUAAAGACUCCUAGGACAGACUCGAGUUAAAAUAUCUUCACCUUUUCAUGCGGAAACUGCGCGCGCACUGGCACGGAGGCGCACCGGAGCUUUGGAGCGCACCAGACUGGAGCUGGAGCGUCAGAUUUCCAGUCUCUCAAUCUGAGGUUUUUACAGUGGAGUUUGGUUGUUAGGUGGUGAUAUUAAGUUUAUAGAUAGUUCUCUCCAAGAAGUGGAUUUAUGAAGACAUUUCCCUUUAGAUUUAUUAAAUUCAAUGAGUCUAAAUAAUACACGACCAUGCGUCUUUGUGUGCCUAGAGUUAAAAUAGACGGUCGCGUGAUUGAACAUUGUUGCAGAAUGACUUCAGCAAAAUAAAUGAUGUGGUUUUAGUUGUUUUGACCAGGACACACUGUUAGAGUUGGAUAUUUGGUUUGGGGUUCAUUGGUUUAACCCUCAGGUUUAAAUGUUAAAUCCUUUUACGCACGCUUCUAUUCGUGUUUGGCUUUGAGGCUCCGCUCAGUUUCCCUCCACCCCAGUCACCCUCGUCUCCUCCGCCCGCUCACCGGACCAUGUGGCUCCCGCGCCUCGCUCUGCUGCUGCUGCUCCGGUUCUCCGGUGUGUCGCCGGUGGACGGACUCAACACGUGUCAGACCAUCAACCUGGACGCGCAGAAGUCGCGGCGCAUCGAGGCCGUGCGCGGACAGAUCCUCAGCAAGCUCCGCAUCCGCAGCCCUCCGGACGAGGACGAGCAGCCGCCGCCGCGCCCGGUGCCACCGGAGGUCAUGCUGCUGUACAACAGCACGCGGGAGCUGCUCAAGGAGCGCGCGCGCCUGGCCGAGUCCGCGUGCGAGCGCGAGAGCAGCGAGGAGGAUUAUUACGCCAAAGAGGUUCAGAGGAUCGACAUGUCUCCACAUAUUACUGACACAAACGCAGUGCAGCCAGUAGCACCCAGCCCCCACCACAGAGUCGUCCACUUCGAUGUCAGUGGAGUCGACCUGACCAACAGCACCCUGGUUAUGGCUGAGUUCAGGAUCUUCAGAGCUCCCAACCCGCAGGCCCGGGCCUCAGAGCAGAGAGUGGAGAUUUAUCAGCUGCUGAAGCCAGACGAGGAGAGCACCUCCACUCAACGUUACAUCGACUCCCGCACCGUUCAGCCGAGGGCAAAGGGAUCCUGGAUCUCUGUGGACGUCACAGAGACCGUUAAGGACUGGUUGUCAGAUUCAGAGAACAAUCUUGGCCUGAAGCUGGGCGUCCAUUGUCCCUGCUGCACCUUCGUCCCAUCCACCAACAACAUCGUUCCCAACAAGAGUGAGGAGCUGGAGGCCCUGUUUGCAGGUGUUGACGACGAGCAGCUUCGUCAGUUCAGAAAACCCGGUCAGGUCAAAGGUCAGGCGGAUUUCAGCUCCAAGACGCCACACCUCAUCCUCACCCUGCUGCCCAGCGACAGAGUCGACAACCCGACCAAGAAGAACCGCAAGAAGAGGGCGGCUGCCACAGACACCACAACCUGCUCCCGUGGCUCAGACCAGGGCUGCUGUUUGCGCUCGCUCUACAUCGACUUCAGGCGUGACCUGAACUGGAAGUGGAUCCAUGAGCCCAAAGGUUACAAAGCGAACUUCUGUGCCGGAAACUGUCCUUAUCUUUGGAGUGCCAACAACCACUACAACAUGAUCCUGCCCCUGUACAACAAGCUGAACCCUGAGGCCUCCGCCUCGCCCUGCUGCGUCCCUCAGGACCUGGAGCCGCUCACCAUCAUGUACUUCAUCGGCCGCACACCUCGUGUUGAGCAACUCUCCAACAUGGUCGUCAAGUCCUGCAAGUGCCGCUGAGGGAGGAGAGUUCAAAAAUAGAGGUCGGGGGGGGGGGCAGAGAGUAUAGGAAUGAUUACUGGACAAAACUAAACAAACUGCUUCGCUCGGGGGGAGAAUAACAGACGAGGACAGACGGAUGGAUCCUGUGUUCAUUAAUCUAGUUUGAUCGAUUUUAGACUCUUCCGCUGUUGUUUUUUUUUUUUUUUUUUCCAAAUAUCAGGAUUUUUUUCUCCUUUUCUUUUCAAGCUUGAGAAAGUAUCAGAUGAUUUUUCUUGAUUUUCAGGAACUUUCCAUCUGAUAUAGGACACUGUAAAUAUGACACAUAGCUGCAUUAAACCUGUAUUUGGACAUCAAAAACAGGCUGUGUGUGAUUUGGCCACAUUUGCUGCUGCAUAAGAAGGAUUCUUUUCAUCAGGAUUUUGAUUCCACCUCGGUUGUGUUGCUGCGGCCGUGGGCAGCCAGACGUGUGCUUAUUUGCUUUAGGUUUCAAGGUGUUGAUUGGGAGGAGGCGUCGUGGAAAGGUUUUGCAGACGGAGAUCUUUAGGAGCGAGGGAGGCAGGCAUCAGAUAGAAAAGAGAGAGAGGAGCUGUGUCCAGGCAGAGGCCCUGCCAGCCCUUUGCGGUCCCGGGCUGAAAUCUGCCCGGCGUAAACAGGAUGUGAAAGGUUUCCAGACACCGAGCCGACCACUCACGGAACGCUACAUUUAAAUGCUCCCCUCAUCUUCUCUGUCUCUCACUCCCUCUCUCUCUCGCUGCUGCUCGAGGUUCUGGGAUUUGUGGUGGGAGGAGAGACAGAGAAAAGAGAGGCUUUGAAAAUGAGACGUGGGAUGAUAGGGCUGCAUUUGGAAUGGCUACAAGUUUGGAAGGUGGUAUUUUGCAGCCUUAGCAAAUUUGUAACUGUUUGGGUCAGGCUCAAAAAUUCUGUAAUCACACACUUUGCUCAUUUUCUGAAUGUAUGUUUAUUAUCUUAUUGUAAAAAGCUGUUGACUCGUCACUCCUUUGCUAUAAUUAUAAUCUGUCAUACCUAUGUUUAUCAUCAGUCUCACUGAUACACACACACACACACACACACACACACACACACACACACCCAAGUAUCCACAUUAACCACUUUUGAUAGAAUGUCUAAAUGCUGAAAAUAAAAAACA